AUAUCUAUAUAUAUCCAUCUCGAGCCCUUUCUCCAUUGUUUCUCCUUUUCUAUUCUCUCUCUUCUUCUGAUCCGAGCUCCGAAGGAUUUAAUGGCGGAAGAGCUCCAGUUUUCUUCUCGUCUCGACAACAAGCGAAAGUUCGAUGACGCGGCCGGAUCUCCACCGUCCCCGAUCGCCGCCCUGCCGCCCGGGCGGCGGCCGACGGGAUUUUCGGCGCCGAUCACGUCGCCGGACGGCCACUCCGCUGUGGUCUCGCCUCCGUCGUCGUACAACAGCGUCCCGCCUCCCGCAGAUGGGAUUCAGCUCGCCAAGCAAAGGGCGCAGGAGAUCGCAGCGCGGCUCUUCAGCGAUGCCGAGGCGAAGCGCCCCAAGGUCGAGAACGGCGGUGGGGGCGCGGAUGAUGCGGCAGAUAAGGGGUUUAUCACUGACCCUCUGCAGAAGCCCCUAGGUCAGCAAAUGGCAUCACAAGUUGGUAUGGGCCCCCCUCCUUCAUAUUCCAUGUAUGGCUAUCAGGGUUCAAACAAGCAAAUCCAUAUUCCAAAUGGAAGGGUAGGUGUCAUCAUUGGUAAAGGUGGAGAGACGAUUAAAUAUCUUCAGCUACAGUCAGGUGCCAAGAUUCAGGUUACUAGAGAUGCAGAUUCUGAUCCCAAUUCAGCAACUAGACCAGUGGACCUAAUGGGUACUCCUGAGCAAAUCAGCAAGGCUGAGCAGUUGAUCAAGGAUGUGCUUGCAGAGGCUGAUACUGGGGGUUCUGGCAUUGUUGUUGCUCGAAAAUUUGGAGGCGGUCAAGUUGGUGCAGAGCAAUUUGUAAUGAAAGUUCCAAACAACAAGGUUGGUCUGGUCAUUGGUAAAGGUGGUGAAACAAUAAAAAACAUGCAAGCUAAGACUGGGGCUCGCAUCCAGCUGAUACCUUUGCAUCUUCCUCCGGGUGAUAUAUCGACAGAAAGAACAGUACAGAUAGAUGGUACUAAGGAGCAAAUUGAAUCUGCAAAACAAUUAAUCAAUGAAGUCAUUAGUGAGAAUCGCGUCAGGAAUCCUCAGGUGGCUGGAGGAUAUUCUCAGCAAGGAUACCGUCCGCCCCGGCCUCCUAUGAAUUGGGGUCCACCUGGACCACCCCCAGUGCAGCAACCUGGUUAUGGCUACAUGCAACCUGGUGCAUAUCCUGGGCAGCCCCCUCAAUAUAACAUGUCUCAACCUCCUUACAUAGGCUACCCUCCACCUGCAUCUGGUGGAUUGUCUUCUGGCUGGGAUCAGUCAUCGAAUCCUCCAACUCAGCAAACCACGCCUGGAACUGGAUAUGAUUACUACAACCAACAGCAACAGCCACAGCAGCAGCAAGCUCUUGGGGGAUCUUCUGCUCCAGCAGAGAAUACAACUUACGGUUAUGGCCAGCCACCUAGUUACAGCUCGCAAGGGCAAUAUGGCAGCACAGCUUACUCCCAGGCUGCUGUUGGCCAGCAGCAAGGCUAUGGGCAAGACAACUAUUCUGGUGGCUAUCAUGCUCCUGCAUCACAGACUGGAUACUCUCAGCCCCAGUCAAAUCCCCCGGCUGGCUAUGAUCAUCAGCAAGGUUAUGGAUCCACUCCAACAUAUGCAGCGGCUACUAACCCAAGUCAAGGUGGGCCUACACAAGUGCCUUCAUCUCAACAGGCUCCACCAGUUCAGCCCACUGGGCCCCAGCAAGGGUACACUAGUCAACCACAAAGCACAACAUCUCCAGCCUAUCCUUCUCAGGGAACUGGACAGCCUGGAUAUGGCAUGCCCCCAACUUCACAACCAGGGUAUGGGAACCAGCCCCUUACUCAGACUGGAUAUGGGCAGUCCAUGCCGUUUCCCGAACCUGGUUAUGGGCAGUCUCCUCCAGCCCAGAAACCACCUACUCAGCCAGUUUAUGCUCAAGCCCAGCAGCCGCAGACCACUCAAACUGGUUAUAUUCAGCCUGCUCCAGUUCAACCAGGAUACUCUCAUGGACAGCCGCCACCAGCACAAUCAGCUUAUGGGUCUGUAGGUCCUCAGCAUAGUUAUGGACAGCAGCAGCUAUAUGGCAGUGUGCCAUCACAGAGCCAGCCAGGUUAUGUGCAGCAGCAGCAGCAGCAGCAGCAGCAAUAAACUGAUUCUUAUGGCGGCAGUGUUGGUGGGUAUUCACAGCAAUCUGGUGCUGCGCAUGGUUCCUAUGAUGCUCCUGCUAUGACAAAGGCUAUUCCGAGCGGAGUAGCAAAAGCCUCUCUUCGGAGUUGAUAUCAUCUAGCAAGACUUUGUUAUGUAGUGUUUCCUCUUAAUGGUUUCUGCUGUUUCUGAGUAGCCUUGAAUUUCUGAGGACUCUGUAGGUUGCGUAGAUUUCAUCAUGUUGAAGUUUCUUUUUUUGUCAAAUGACAACUGCAUGAAGUGUUUUGUUAAGUUUGAUCAAACCGUCUGUAGGUUUAUUCCAACUGCUUUUAGUUGUUUCUUUAUUGGGAAGUAAGAUGUGUGGAUUGCAUAUUUUGUGCUA